CUUAUCAUUGCAACAUUGUCUAGUGUUUCUCUCAAUUGUAGCUUAAUUUUAACAGAUUUCAUAGUGAAUUAUCUGCUGAUAUCAUCUUAUUUGGAUCAUUUAAAAAUGCAACACAGCUUCAAUAUUUUUCUAGACGGAAACGUAAUGUCUUUGUGUCUGAACAAGUACUAGUAGAACACAAAUAAUUAAUCAUCGGUCUUGCAAUGUUUUUUAAUUAGUAAUAAUGAGAAAUAUCAAAUCACGAUGAGCCAAAUCUGUUCACUUUUGCUCACGUUAUUCGAGAUUCAUGCAUCGUCUUGAGAAUUGUAUCUCUUUUCUAGGAAGAAACACAUUACAUAAUGGAAGUUAUUACUCAAAUAUGUACUAGCACUUUUACCAAAAAAAAAAAAAAUAUGUACUAGCUUUUCUUCAACAGUACUGGAGACUAAAUCUCAAAUAAGUAUUGCCGUAUUUUAGUUUCUAUUUUUCAUGUUCUGCAGUUUGUUUCCCAGAAGGCUUGGUCGUAUCAAUGUCGAAGAUAGUAGAGAGUAAAUCAACACUUUCUUAUCCUAGUACUUCACAUUUUGGCGAUUUUGACACUGAUGAAACCGUGAACAUAAACGGUUUUUGGAUUUGCCGAUCACAGUUAGGUCAAGCAAAGCUAAUCUUUAAAGAACAUCCAGAGACGGCUUCAAAUUUUUGUCUAAAGAGUUUCUUUGCCAAGGAAACUUACUUGACUGCCCUUUUAAACCUCAUCGACAAGAUGAACAUGUUAUCUCUACAAUCUCUCUCCAAAGACGAUCUAAAGGAAGUAGACAACACAAUUUUGGAUCUUGAAGCCGCUGGUUUCAAACUGGAUUGGUUAAAAAAGAAAUUUGAGGAGAUUCGUGUUAUUGUGAAGAAAGCGCAGGACCGUGAGGCUCGGAUGAGAGAACUAGACCGAAAGAUCCGUAAGAAGAUGCAUGAGUUGGUGGUUCUUGAAGACAAAAUGAAGAAGGAGCAGCUUGAGGCUAAAUCCGAAGAACUUGGAUAUUAUUACGACUUUUUUAUUUGAAGGAAGUUGCAUGUGAUUCUUGUGAACCAAAUACUCGUAAACACAAAGAUGAAAAGUCUAUUGCUUUCAAGCU